CCGCAGUCCGCCUCCCGUCUUCUGAGUCACCGGAAACAUGACUAACCUAAAACAUUAUUUAAAUUGAACAACUAAAAUAAAGUUUUUUUCCCCGAACGUGAAAGAGAAGUUACUUCUCGUAUUUGCAGUAGCCUCGUAUGGUGUGGAGGCGGGAUUUAAAGUUUGUCUUUAUGAAGUGAAACGAAAAGUCUUCUCGCUUUAAGAAAAGGCGCGAGCGGUGGGCGGGAGGUUCAAACCCGGGCUCAGGCCCGAGACGGGAGGCUCAGGUCGGCCCAGUCCUCGGGUCGUGGCUAUGGCUGAGGAAAAGAAGCUUAAGUUGAAGCGAAGGAGAGCUGUCGGCCUCGGCCAGCCACGGAAGCUGAGCCCCAAGCCGCGGCAGGACAGCGAGCAGCCGGCGCCGGAGAGGAAGGAGCUUUCAGCUACUGUUUCCACUUGGCUCGAUGACAAUGACAUAAAUGAGACUGACCGCAUUUGGGCUCUACUGAUGAAAUCUAUGUUUCCAGACAUGAAAGGAUCAGAUUGGAAGACUAUAUCAGUGCCAGACUUACCCUUAAGCCCUGAGAAGAUUCCCAAAUGUGUUGAAUCCAUUGCCACUGAAGCCAUUUCAGUGGGUGAUGAGAGUUUUAUGUGGACACCGUUUCCCCCUGCAGUGGCUCUGGAAAAAAGAAGCAGAUCUGAUUCACUCUUCAGUCAUCGGGACAUUGCUGCCAACAAGGGAGAAUGGACGAAUUCCACCGAGCUGUGUAUAGACAGAUCUCAACCUCCUCUUUCAGAAACAGCGCAAGACAAAGGUGUAGAGGCAGCAAAGCAUCUCAAUUUUACAAAGAAGAAUCAUAACAUACAGUCAAAGAACUACCUGGAAAAUGUAAAGGCCAUUGAAGCUGAUCCAGUGAGAUUCUCUGCAGAGCAAGCUGGGAGGAAACAGGACGUUUACCCAGUGGAUGUGGGACAUCAAGCAGACAAUGCUCCUCCUAGUCCUGCCAUGUCUCUUCAGAAAAUUAAUCCAGAACCAGUGCAGCCGACACCAUUCACUGUGAGGCCCAGUAAAGGAAAGACGAAGCAACACAAAAUGCCUGUAGGAGGGACAGUAGUUGGAGAAGAGGAGGAUGAUAUUAUCAUCACUGGGGAAUGGCAAGACCAUUCUUUCCCUGAGAAUAGGCUUUGUGCCACUAACAUGAUGAAUCACAAAGAUGCUGUCACUAUAGGGAGGUCUGAUGGGCAUGUAGAAGGAGGAUUGGACCUGGAGAGCUGUCCCAUGUGUCUUCUUCAGUUUCCUGCAGGACCACGUUUGGCAACCGUGUGCUUCAGGAUUCAGUUGGUGGUGGCACUACAGAGCCAUUCCUGGUGA